AUGUCCCAUCUCACUUAUCUAAAAGCAGAAGGGAGGCCAGGAGGGAUUUUAACUGUGUGGAAUCCUUCGCGGUUUGCAUGCUCUAGCCAUUGGGACAUCCCGGGUGCACUGAUUGUGAAUGGAAGAUGGAAUCCAGAUAGAGAGGAAUUGUGGAAUUCUAUUGGUUUGGUGGUUGAUCAGAAUAGAGAGUCUUGUGUUUGUAUUGGUGGGGAUUUUAACUCUGUUAGAUCUAGAUCAGAAAGAAUGGGAAGAGGCAGUCAUUUCUCGGCUAGAGAUAUUCAGUCUUUUGACUGUUUCAUUAGAGGUAAUGGUUUGGUGGAUGUUCGAUUACAAGGAAGAAACUUCACUUGGUAUCAGCCGCAGGGUCUGUGCAAAUCUAAACUUGAUCGUUUCCUGGUUAAUGAGAAGUGGGUUUCGGUUGAGCCACAAACAAAAGUAAGAGGAUUGCAUAGAACGGUGUCGGAUCAUUGCCCUAUCCUCUUGGAAACGAACUAUGUGGAUUGGGGGCCGAAACCCUUUAGGUUCAUCAAUGCUUGGGUUAAUCACCCGGAUUUUGAAAGGGUGGUUCGAGAAUCGUGGAACAGGAAUGACUUUUCGGGCUGGAAAUGCUAUGUGUUCAAAGAAAAGUUGAAAAGGUUGAAGGAAGAUCUCAAGAAAUGGAAUAAGGAGAGUUUUGGUUCGAUUGAUCAGAAUCUCGAAAAACUUAAAACGGAGAUCAAUGAAUGA